GCGGCUGCUCUCCCGGGCCGCGUCCCAAUCCGCGCACUCCUCCCUACACAGUGCUGGUCCCGCAGGCUGGAGUGAGCAGCACGCGGCGCAGUUUAACGGCAUUUUGCUGCGCGGCUGCGACACAGAAACGUCAGAAUGUGACUCAGAGCCACCACAGGCAGCACGCGCACACCGCAGGGCCCCUAACGAGGCGAACUGUUUAGUCUGUCAGCAGGCGGAUUGGGACGCAGCCGCCGCCUCACAGAGUCCCGCAGAGAAACUGAUGGAAGGAGGCAAGUUGUGAGGAAAAGAGACAGGAGGGAUUUAAUGUCCUCUUGAAAAAGGGUAAAUUUAUUUAAAAUGGCGGAGUCCGGUCCGUUUAGAGGCCUGCCCCGGAUCCGGAGGGCUGCGGCCUCAAUUCCUGGAAAUCUGCACCUGGUUCUGGUUCUGAGGCCCAAAGCUCAGUCUCAAGGCACCGGCACAGACCUGGGCUUCCGCUUCUGUCAGGACGACUUCACUAUUAAAAUGCCUGUGAUCAUGCUGAGUUCAGUCACUGAUCUUCUGCGUUAUAUUGAUGAGAACCAGUUGAGUGCUGAUUUCAGUGGAACUCUGGAGUGCAGCUCCACAGACUGGAUCGUCCUGAGGACGGCGAUAGAGAGUUUUGCGGUGAUGGUGAAGGACGUCGCUCAGCUGCUGCAGGUGUUUGGAACCGAACUGGCUGAGACUGAACUGCCCGAGGAACCGAACGCCAUCGAGUACCUGCUCCGCUCGCACACCGACAAAUACAGACAGAUGAAGGAUGAUAUUCGCUCGGUGAUGAAGGAGGGACGUCAGAUCCUGUCUAAUCUGGAAGGAGCUAAGAGGACAGAGGACAGAGACAUCGCUCAGGACAGGGACACUGUACAGAGGCUCCUGACCCAGCUCAGGGACAUGGAGAUGGCAUUUGACGGGUUUUUUGAGAAGCAUCACCUGAAAAUGCAGCAGUAUCUGCAGCUGCUCCGUUACGAGCAGAGCUUUCACGAGACGGAGGUGAAGCUGGAAGAUCUGAUUGGUCGAGAGAAAGCGAUUCCUGCUGCAGGAGUGACGGCGGCUCAGACGAAACAACUCAUCACCGAACUACACACUCUGGACUCCAUCGCUGAGGAGGAGAUGGGCCAGGCUCAGAUCGUCAUCCUUCACGGUCAUCAGUUAGCGGCGAGUCAUCACUACGCUCUGGCUCUCAUCGUCCAGCGCUGUAACGAGCUUCGUCAUCACUGUGACACACUGACCACUGCCCUGCGCAACAAACACACCUCACUCACACACACACACACUCUGCAGCUGCACCUCGAGGAGGCGGUGCGUUGGUGUGAUGAGAGUGUGUAUCUGUUGGCUGGUCAGAUGGUGGAUAAGUUCCAGUCGAAAGAAGGAGCUCAGGAAGCUCUGAAUGACAUCGAGAGACUGCUGGAGUCCAAACCAACACUCAGCUACAUUACUGACACACACACACCUGAGAUACAGGCUCAGGUGACAGCAGUGAUGGAGAAGUUCUCCUCAGUGCAGGUGAUGCUGGAGAACAGACAGGCAUGUUUGCGUAAACUCACCUGUGUUCAGGUGAGACCCAUCCAGCCCGUGUCCCCGAGACCCGAGAGCCCGACCCGCCUCAAAUCCCCGCUGUUCUCCCCCAAACACAGUUUUGAUGUGAACUCCAGUCUGAAGUUCUCCUUUGAUCUCUCUCUCCCGGGAAAAAGAACCGCACGCAAGAACAACUGCAGCAAGAAGAUUGAGGUGAUGCACAAGGAGAGUCAUGGUGGUGUGUGUCAAGAAGCAGAGGGAGCAGAGAACCCUGAACAGCAUAGAUGUCAUGUGAUGAAGGAGCUGAUUGACACGGAGAAGGUUUAUGUGGAGGAGCUGCUCAGUGUUCUACUGGGUUACAGAGCUGAGAUGGAUAACCCCGCUCUGUCUCACAUCCUGCCAUCGGAGCUGAAAGACAAGAAGGAGGUUUUAUUUGGAAAUCUGCCAGAAAUAUACAAAUUUCACAGCAGGAUAUUUGUUCAGGAUCUGGAGAGCUGCCGUGAGACUCCGGAGAGAGUGGGAGCAAGAUUUCUAGAGAGAAAGGAGAAUUUUCAGGUGUACGAGCGUUACUGCCAGAAUAAACCUCGCUCGGAGGCGAUGUGGAGGCAGUGUGCAGACUCUCCGUUCUUCCAGGAAUGUAAGAGAAAACUGAAGCACAAGCUGGAUUUGGACUCGUAUUUACUGAAACCUGUUCAGCGUCUGACCAAAUAUCAGCUCCUGCUGAAGGAGCUGUUGAAGCACAGUACACAAUCGCAGUAUGUGUGUGAACUCCAGGGGGCGCUAAACGCCAUGCUGGACCUCCUCAAAUCUGUUAACGACUCCAUGCACCAGAUUGCCAUCACUGGAUACGAGGGGGACCUGUGUGACCUGGGCCGGGUGGUGAUGCAGGGGUCGUUCAGUGUGUGGAUGAGCAGGAAGUCGUCGCGUGUGAAGGACAUGGCUCGGUUUAAACCCAUGCAGAGACACCUGUUCCUCCACGAGAGGGCGCUGCUGUUCUGUAAAAAACGAGAGGAGAACGGAGACGGAGCCGAGCGCACCGCCCACUACAGCUUCAAACACUGCCUCAGGAUGAGUGCUGUGGGUGUCACUGAGAACAUUAAAGGAGAUGUGAAGAAGUUUGAGAUCUGGUACAGUGGGAGAGAAGAAGUGUACGUAGUGCAGGCUCCAACAGUUGAGGUGAAGUCAGCGUGGCUCAGUGAGAUCAGAAAAAUCCUCACAAACCAUCAGAAAACUGGUCAAGAUGAAGGUCUUGGUGCUGUAGACUCUCUCUCUCCUCUUCUGGUGAACAGUAUGGAGAGGGUGUCAGUCUGCAUGCCCUGGAGCCCCGCCCCCAUCGCAGGCUGCUCAGGUUGUUUUGAUGUCCCUCCUCACAGUAAGGGGGCGCCGGUGCACUCGGACGAGUCAGGGAGCUCCAGUCCGGUUCUGACAGACCCUGUGAUGUUCUCACCUCGACCCCAGAACCGCAACCGCCGCAGUUGGCCAGGAACCUCAAACUCCGUGGAUAUCUGUGAGACUUUAGAGGACUGGACCACUGACCUGUCCUUCAUCUCCGACUCGGAUGAAGAAGACGACGUCCUGCUGGUUCCUGGGAAGUACCGAGCGCUGGUGGAUCACCUGAAGUGUGGUAAAGAUGAGGUCAUCAUAAAACACGGUGAUGUCAUCCACCUACUGCAGGAGAACACCGAGGGCCUCUGGCACGUCAAAAACCUGACUCGUGGAGGUGAGGGAAAACUUCCAGCUGAGGCCUUGCACAGAAUUCUGGGAAAUGUGGACAGAAGUCAUGUGAUCAGACCGGGAGGUGAGUUUACGGCUCAGGAAAUAUAAGCAGAGCGAAGAACACGCCGUGAUGAGAUCCUCCAUGUUCAAGGAAACAUCUACAUUAUGAUCCAGCACACACACAUACACACACACACACACACACACACACACACACAUACACACACACACACACACACACAGAACAUCCAGCCAAAAACAGUACCGUAUUUUCUGGACUAUAGGUCGUGGAGUGUGUGUUAAAGUGAGGUGUGUGUGUGUGUCACUGUGACGUGCUCGUGUAUUAGUGUGUUUACGGUAGUUGAGAUACUCCAGCAGUUACGGUGCAUGCAGGAUCAUACAGGGUUGUGUGUGUGUGUGUGUGUGUGUGUGUGUGUGAACUGCAGGUGAAUAAAUUUUGGAACUCUGUGUUAGGUAAAGAAUUCACCUGUAGCUGUUGCAGUAAAUAGCGUUUGCACUCCGUCUCGUUGCUCCUGCAUGAGGCGCUCUGUGUGUUUGGGACGAAUCUUUAGAUGAAUUAUAUUAUAAAAUAUUUCAGGUGUUUUGUGAACAGGGUAAGAGUUGUUCCGAGGUUAACAGACCAAAAUCUAAAUUAUUUAAAUCUAAAUAAGAGGAAAGCGGAGACUUGUAUACUCCAGAAAAUACGGUAAGCAAAGGAUGCGAUUCGUUUUCUCUUCCUUUCCACUGUUCUUCACUUUCCUGCAUCACUGAACAUUUCUGACUUUAUAGAGCACAACCUCGAAACACAGUCCUCACCGUUCCCAUCACCGCAGUGCGUCACAACAUCAGACGUGUGUUUACGGGAGAUUUCUGCUCUCAGGAUCGUCAUGAGAACUUUAUUCUGAAGGUAACAGGAGAACAAAACUCAGCCUUUAGCAACAGAAUCCCAUCAGCCUCAGCGUAAAGUGAGCCGUGUGCUAAAUAACGCUAGCUCGUGGAUUAGCAUGUGCACUGUCAUGCUAAUUUGUGGUGUGGGAUUUUUCCUCUAAUGCUAGUUCUUCACUUUCUCUAGAGAUUUACAAACAGAUUUAAACUAAAUAUUAAUAAAUUCUGAUCAGACUUUGUACGUUCCACACCUUUCCCCUUCAGUUUAAAACGAACAUGACGCUCCUGUCUGCUGUUCGCGUGUUUAAACAUGAUUACUCAUGUUUACUUCCAGGAAGUGUGAGCUUCUCUACAGGAUGUGACGGAAUGAAGCGUGUAGAAACACUCACCGGUUUUAGGAUCUACUUCGUGCCAAACUGUGACGUCACACAUUUUUACACACAGCGCUUUGUUUCUAAUCCUUUUGUAUACUUUGGUAGUGUUUUCAUAGCAUCGUGGAUUUAUUACAGUUAGUUUAAUGUGUUAGUUUAAUGCUUCACUGUUUACACACACACACACACACACACACACACAAAGCAGUGUUAAGGAAUAUUUCAGAGCCUUUAGUCUUCCUCGCCGGUGUGCGCUAAGCUAGCUUUGCUAGGAGCUUUGCUAACUCCGCUGCUCAGGCGGUUAUGAAGGUGUGUUUUAUAGCUGAAAGAAUGAAGCCAUAAAUGUCACUAAGGAGCUUGAGGUGUGUGAAGGUACGUGUGCCGGAGAAGGUGUAGUGUUUAGUCUAUAAAAUAUUUUAACUACAUGUUUAAGCACAAGAUGUAUAAUGCUAUAAAAAAAAGCCAUUUUCUUCCUCA